ACGUCGCUCGGGCACAUGUUCAAUUGCUCUUCGUCAGCUUCCCGUUCUACGCCGAAUGUUCUGCGAAGGUCUUCCUUAGCCCAAUGCCAAUUUGGCCGAAAGUGAGGAGAGAAGUGGUGGUGUGUGGUCGAAGUUUCGGAUUGACUCUAUAUGCCGCUUGGGAAUUGAAAAGGUUGGUGCAAUUCAGGAAGUCGUUGAUAGAAGGUAAAGGGAAGGAAGGAUGUACGGUGAGAUUUCAUGUUUGGAAGGAUUUCAACCAUACAUCUCAUUGGGAUCAGCCGAAGACAUUCGUUGAUCUCCUUGCCAGCGUAGCAUGAUUUCCCUUCGCAGGAUCCGAGUACUUCCCACAUCAUAACGUCUCCUCUGCAAUCUCGAAUGACGGUCGUCUUCCUCGCUUGCUCGAACCGAGGGCGUCGCGGACGCGCUCAAUCUCUCGCGCACCUGUGCGUUCAAUCAGAGCGUCUGCGUCAGUACUGCAAUGAUCCUAUGCUAUGAACUUUUACGAAAACUCUUGCGUUCCUGUGGCAACUCCUCUCGCUCGUUCUCGUGUGCUAGCCAUGUUUAUACACGUUCCCGGAUGUACUCUUCAAGUCUGAACUCAACUUUGAAUUUAGCGCUACAUGACUCACUUUCGGGCUCUCUUAUGUUUGUGUCUACCUAUUCUACAACAAUCCGGCCUGAUCUACGCUGUCGAAUGGGAAAGGCUUUUCAUUCUGACACCACAUAGGGCGAAAGAUGAUCUUGAUCUAUGUUGAUGACCCCAUGGGUCGCUCGGCAAGCGCGUCUGCAGAAUCCUCGUUGGGCGGGAUGAUUCUACCAUCGUCGAAUUCGCUUGGUCUCCGAACCAGUUCAGACAUGCCUGCGUUUAUUCCCCUUGCCCCUCAAAGUUACCUGAGUUCAACGGACAGCUGCUGGUGACUCUCUUGCCUCCGAGAGGGCCUUGACACUCCACAACGCCAACUAUCAGACGCCACCAUUGGCAGCUAAUGCGCUAACAUCACCACUUUCGGCGGAAUGAAAAGAGCUUAUACGUUAUGUCAAAGUACUCAGCUUUACUAUGAGGAUAGUGGCGUACCCGAUAGUGCACCCACUGACUACAAGACAUUGGUGAUCGUUCAUGGGACCAUGUUCAACGGCGGCAUAUUCAAGCGUAUUCUGCCUUUCGCAUCUCACAACAAGGCCCGUGUUAUUCUUGUGAAUCAACGUGACUAUCAGCAUUCGACUCCAUUCAACAAGGAAGAGCUCGAGGCAUUGACUAGUCAUAACAAGGACCAGCAGGAUUCUUUCAUUCGAGAUCGAGUCCGUGAGCUUGCAAACUGCCUCAUAUGGCUUAUCGAGCAUGAAGACAUUCCUCCCAUUAGCUCAGAUAGGAAGACUGGUGGACUAGCUGUUAUCGGGUGGUCAUCUGGGAACUGUCUUAUGUUUCCGUUCUUGGCACUGUCAGAUGAAGUCAUCAGUGACAAGAACCAGAAAGACGUUCUCAGUAAGAAUAUUCGUGCAGUGGUAAUAUACGAAGCGGCAGGACUGGCCUGGGGCCUCCCUUCACCUCCUUCAGUCGAGGACCUCGCACUCACAUACGAGAUGUUUGGGCCGUUGGUGGGCGCUUACUUUGAUCACCGCCCCGAGAUCCUUGAUUAUCUCGAGUCACCAUCCCUCGACAAGUUUACCACAGACGACGAGGUCCACUCCGUCCUUUCAUACAUGCCCGCAACCGAUCGUACUCCUACGAUGGAUCGUGUCCCUGCCGAGAUACUGUCGGAAGUUGCAGAACCACCUGAGACCUUCUAUCGCUCAAUGAUUCCUGUCUUGAUCUUGAACUCCGAACUUUACAGAAGCUAUGCUACUCUCGCCGUUCGGGCUGGCGCUUUCCCUAACGCUCCAGUCGAGGUCGUAGUCUGUGGAAGGAGCCUAGCCAAUAUUGUUCAUGGUGCAUACAGGUUUCAGAGGGACUUGCUAGAGGAUCGUCUUGUGAGGAAGAUAGAGAAUCAAAGGAAGACUUCGUUCCAUGUUUGGAGGGAGUUCAACCACUGCCCUCAGUGGGACGAGCCCGGAAAAUUCAUUGAGUUGAUGACCGACGUUGCUUAAUCUUAGUCAGAGUUGACGGUGCACAUCUAGAGGUUAUUGCAGCGGUGUUUGUUCUUGAAGUGAAGCGCUUGUCUCAGUAGAUUUGGGCAGUAACCUAAUGGACAGUUUCUAAUCCGGAGUGUUCUACUAG